AUGGCAGACGUGGAGGAAGGUGGUGUAGGGUCGGCUGGAUAUGGGGUUCGCGUGUGUGAUGGCUUUGGGUUGAAGGGGAGAUGGAGUAUUUCACAUAGGACAAAAUUCACGUGUUCACAUGUGUUGUUGAAGAAAUUCGGAGAAUACCUAUCAAAGGAAGCUAUGAUAUGGUAUCACAAUUUACUCGCUAAUUCUAUUGACUCAUUUGCUAUGCUUGCAGACUCUUUUGUGAAAGCACAUGCUGGGGCUAUCAAGGUCGAAAAUAGGAAGUCGACCUCAUCAAAUUUGGUGGCUUCACAGCAGUUGAAGCAGAAUCUGAAAGAACAUCCGGCUAUCACUUGGGCUGAUGUGCAUAACCAAUGUCAAUCAAAGAUUAGAGUCGAAGAUGAUCAACUAGGGGCUCCUUCCGGGUCCGUUUACCCUGUUAGACCCAUCGACAGAGUCAAGAGAGAUAUCGAUCGUGAACCAAUGUCGAACAGGGAUCUGUAUCAGCCGUACAAUGAGGAUCGAAGAAGCAGUGGGUACGGACGGGGUUCUAUGCAAAAUGAAAGGAGAAGUGAUCGAGGCAAGAGCAGUCGGGGACUCAUGAGCAAGAACGGUUUCGACAAGCCUAUCGGACCUAAAGAAGCACCGAGACGCAUCAAAGAUACCAAAUGGCCUCGACCUAUACAGUUCGACCUAGCCCAAAGGGAUCCAAACCAGAUAUGCAAAUAUCAUGGCACUCAUGGCCACAGAACAGAGGAUUGUCGACAGUUGAGGGAGGAGGUAGCCCGGUUAUUUAACAACUGGCAUCUUCGAGAAUUCCUGAGUGACUGA